CCUCAUAACCACCCCUUACAGUGUCCUCCAACCACCACCCCCACGUUAUUACAACCACUAGUCGGGCUAGCUCCCCUGCAUCCACGGCCACAACCCGACAAGGAUGAACAUAUAUCCAAACUCAAAUCUAGUAGCAAAUUCAAGAGACUAUAAAUAGUCAUGAAUCGAAUCUAACUAAAUCCGAACCUAAACUCAUUAAUUUUCUGUAGCUCCAUAUUCAAACUCAACCGAUUAGUAUAACUCAACAUCACUUUCACCGACAUAAGACGAAUCUACAAUGAUGUAAAAAUUAUUCCAAAUACAAUACUCAAACUUAACCCAACUCCAAAAACCUUAUUUGAAAUUGUGUGAUACCUUUGGCUGCCCUGCAAUUCAAAUGCGAACAACAAACUACUCAACGGCGUAACCCCACAUUCCCACGCCCUGAAUUUCCCGCAAACCCCUACACACUACCUGCCGGUGAUAUCCCCUCCGCCGCUGACGGUUGUUACUCAACACUCAACAAUGGUUGUCAAUUUCCGUCGGAAAAUACGGUUAUCUCAUCAACUGAUGAACAGGCUGAGACACUACUCUCGAAUAUCAACGCCAAGACCUGUCGGACCCGACCCUGUGAUUCGGGUUGUGAACAAUAUAGCUCAAUUGGGCAGCCGGAAGGAAGGGCCGAAGCCCCGUCAGCUUCUCUCACUCCCAAGUUUUCCCUCUGAGCCUUUACCCGCAAGGUGUUUGACGAAAUGCGCCAAUGAGAAGAAAAGUGCCCGUGUCACUGCCAUCAGUUGGGUCAAGUACUACUUUGAUGGAGUUCGUGAUUCAAUUAUCCAAUCCCAUUUCAAUAAAAACCUUGUGCAAAUGGAAGAUCCGUGUACGGAAGACUCGUCGAGCAUCACAGGGAAGAAAUCCAUGAGAAAGAUUAAGCACAAUGACGUCAUGAAGGCAGGUGCAAGAAUCUAUGUGCCCGUGUCGAUCGCUGAAAGUAGGAUUUCAAAAAGAUUUGAUCCCAUACCUUGUGGAACUUUGAACCCAAAUGCUGAUGAAAUUGCUUAUUUGCAAAGGCUUGUUAUGUACAAGGAUUCUGCUAUUAUUGUGCUUAAUAAGCCUCCAAAAUUACCCAUGAAGGGGAAUUUGCCUGUUCAUAACAGCAUGGAUGCUUUAGCUGCUGCUGCAUUAACGUAUGAUUAUGAGGAAGGUCCGCAGUUGGUACAUCGUCUUGACAGAGAAACUAGUGGUAUCCUUUUGAUGGGGAGGACCAAGGAAAGCGUUUCUUACCUUCAACAACUAUUUACCAAUGUUAAUGCGGCUAAAACAUCGUGUCUGGCUUGGAAUGAUGCAUGUACUGCAACAUUCAUGAGAUAUUGGGCAUUGGUCAUUGGCUGCCCCACAGAAAAGGAAGGUGUAAUACGUGUUCCACUCACAAAGAUUUUUCGACAGGUGCUUCUCGAUGAUGGAAAAACCGAGAGGAUCAUACUGGCUCAUCCAUCAGGUGUAGAACCUUCUCAAGAAGCUGUGACCGAGUAUCGAGUUCUCGGUCCUAUGAUCAAUGGGUGUUCAUGGCUCGAACUACGCCCACAUACUAGCCGAAAACAUCAGCUUCGAGUGCACUGUGCUCAAGCACUCGGCACGCCCAUUGUGGGUGACUACAAGUACGGUUGGUUGGUGCAUCGGAAAUGGAAGCAGACACCUCAAGUUAACAUCGAGCCAUUGAGCGGAGAGCCUUACAAGUUGCGACGACCGGAUGGUUUGGAUGUUCAAAAGGGAAGUGUUUUGUCGAAAGUUCCAUUACUACACCUCUAUUGCCGAGAGAUUGUUCUCCCGAACAUUGCCAAAUUCCUCGGAGUUUUAGAACAACGAUCCACAAAACAUCACCCCAAGCACAAUGAGAAGCCGGAUGUCCUUCGUUUUGUUGCAUCCAUGCCUUCUCACAUGAAAAUUAGUUGGAAUCUCAUGUCCUCAUAUUUAGUGUAAAUCUUGCUGCACUUCAAUCUGUACUUGUUACUGUAAAUAUAUCCUGUUAUUGAUUUUAGCUUUGCCAAACAAUAACUAUUUUAAAUAAAAAGUCUAACAUUAUAAAUGAGUUAAAUAUCUUUCAAGUUAUUCAAAGAUAAAUGAAAAAGGAAACCUUUAAAGCUGAAUUAAAAUUUCCUAAAAACAAUAAUUUGUCGAUUAUUAUCAUGAAU